GACUGUUUGUACACGUUGUGAGACCUAUCGUCCACCACGCGCUCACCACUGUCGCAUUUGCAAGCGCUGCAUACGACGUAUGGACCAUCAUUGUCCCUGGAUUAAUAACUGUGUAGGCGAGAGAAAUCAGAAAUUUUUUCUUCAAUUUCUUUUCUAUGUCGGCAUACUCUGCAUUUAUUCUGUUUCAAUGGUGGCCUACAGUUUUAUAUAUCCUUGCUCGAUUUGCAAUGUAUCUACUCUGGAAACGCAAACAAGAAUGCUUCACAGUAUUAUUCUGCUUUUGGAAUCUGCUCUAUUUGGUCUUUUCGUCUUGGCUAUAAUGGUCGAUCAGAUGCACGCUAUACUGCACGAUGAAACGGCAGUAGAAGUGGUACAAAUGAAAGGUAAAAGCGCCCUACGUCCAAACCGGCGGAAAAUUCAUUUAUUUGCUGAAGUGUUCGGACGAGGCAAUCCGCUUUGUUGGCUUAUACCGUGCACUAGCUUCAAUUCAUCUCUGCGGUAUUAUGAUACACCGUUGUUAACGAGCUAUGACGUCUAAAAUAAAUGAUUUUGGUGAUUGCAAACCAACUUCAUUUUA